AGGUUUUGAAAGCCGUAAGGCAUCCCUGUUUUGCUAGCUCACAGCUGUUGAAAAACAGUUUCGCGCUUCCAGGCUAUUCGGCACGAAAGACCAAAGUCUGCUGCUUGGUUAGUGUUCUCAUUGUCGUGUAAUUUCGCAACCAGUAUAUUAUCAUGAACUGACAUUUUUAUCUGUUGUCCUCUGAGUCGGUCGGGUAGUCUUUGGCAAAGCUAGCCUAUAGUUUCGUAGGCAAGGCGUUCGAUUUGGGACAUAUUUCAAUAGGUCCUCCUCGUGAGCGACGUGACCUCAGCGUGAGUCUGUCUGAAAUCUCGGUAGGGUGACCGCCGACAUUCUCCCUGUUGCCCCUUGACGCGGUGCAGUGUUUGUCGGGUGCCCCUGCUGUAACCCACAUCAUGGCAGCGGGUUUACGGUACCAUUUCAUGUGGCAGUGUCUGGAUUUUGAUGUUCAUCCAGCUUACCCCUAUGUUCACAACAUAAAGAAAUGACUCCCGCUAUGCGUUCAAGCUGUUUUUGAAUUACCAUUGCGAUAUCAGACGUCAUACACUCAAGUUUUCACCUUAAAAUGGCUUCAAGCCCGUCUCCAGCAUCUCCGUACCUACAGAUAGAGUUCACUGCAGAAGACGAUAUGGCGAGGGCGAGUGAUGCCGACUAUGAUGCCUCUGACACAGCCGGAAAUCAGCGUGUCGGUUCGGUUUCACUCGGCACUGAAUCGCGGGCGCACCUUGCACGCCAACGUGCCGUUGACUCGCAGCUGCGCGCCAUGACGGUCUCCACCAGCGUCUUCUUUAUCGCGCUGAUUCUGCUGAUUUUCAUCACCGGCUUCGCAUGCCGUAGCUUCAUCUACGGAAUCCUGAGAAUUCUGGAGGAAGAGAUAGAUCUAAGUGGUUCAGAGACAGUCACAAUUGUGUUGUCUUAUGACAUUGGAUUUCUGGUCAUGCUAGUCGUCAUGGCUUUGCAGAACCGGAAAGUGCACCGACCGCGGAGCAUUGGUUUUGGCGCCUUUCUUAUCGGUGUUGGACUUUUGGUAGUCUGCAUUCCGUACUUCAUAGUUCGCUCCGAUCUCGUGGACGGACAGUGGUACAUUUCAAAGUAUCAACUUUGUGACCAAACAAUCAGGCCGCCUAAUUUGAAUGAGACAAUUGACGCUGGAGGGCAGCCUUAUCGACCUGUGCAUAACAAGCCACCAAAAACUCACUGGAAUAGCGUUGCAUGGAUCGUUAUGGGCAUGGUACUGGCUGGGAUAGGGGCGGUUCCUCAGUUCCCUUUCGGCAUCACGUACUUGGAAGACAAGCUUCGAGGUUUUGGGACGCCGUUUUACGUUGCAAUUCUCUUAUGUGCCUACCUACUCGGAAUUUGGUGCGGCGAGCUGGCGAAAAUGUUCAUGUGGCAGCACGUAGCCACGGCCAACGGUAAAACUGUCACCUUGUGGUGGCUAGGAUUCUUCUGUUCGGCUUUGAUGGUGCUUGUCAUCGGUCUCUUGAUUUUCAUGGCCAAGGAUCCAUACAAAAAGCUGGUUAAGGAGACUAAGGGUGCAUCGUCGGCCAUUGUAAUGGAUAGGACGCAGAAUGGUAGGGGAUACCGUCGGCUUGAAACCAACGGCGAAGACAGGCCAAGAGUCCCGGCAAGAUGGCGUCGCAUUCUAACAAACGUUCAGCUGAUAUGCCUUGGCGUGGCUGGCAGCUGUGAAGUGGCUUUUAUGACUGGUUUCCUCCUGUUCCUUCCACGAUAUGUUGGAACCAUUUCGAGGAUGGGCCGGGGACCAGCGGCAUUUUAUUUAGGAACGACAAUAAUAAGUAGCUGCUGUAUUGGUAUCCUGACAUCUUCGGGCUUGGUUUUAUGCAGAAAGAUUAAAUUCAGGGGGCUCUGUCGCAUGGUGAUAACUGGCAGCGCGGUGGCGCUGUUCUUCACGUGGCCUCUAUACAUAUUCAGAUGUGACAGCCCAAUGAUCGUCGGUCAUUGGACAGGAACUGGGGGGCAACCUUCCAACUGGAAUGUUGGAGACCUUUUGUCCGACCUGAAUACCACGUCUCAAUGCAACAUUGACUGCUGGUGUACACAACUCCCCUUCCGGCCUGUUUGCGGCUCCGAUGGACGGACCUACCUAUCGCCAUGCCUUGCUGGAUGCCACGAAGAACAAAUCUCAGAUGAGGUCGACUCGCAGGGUCUGAAACUCACGAAUUUCACAGACUGCUCAUGCAUCAUGACCUCAAACAAUACGGUAGGUGCUUACGCCCUCUCGGGGCCAUGUCCAAGCGACUGCAGCAACGAAUGGCCGUUUUUGUGUCUGGUGUUUGCAGUGUUCUUUAUGGUUGGAGUGCAGUUUGGACCAAUGAUUCUGCUCUCGAUACGAUGCGUCAUCCGAGCGGAUCGAAUAGCAGCUCUGAGCUUCCACGUUUCACUUUGGCACAUUCUUGGUGGUGGGAAUUGUAUUGAUUUUUCUCAAUGGUUGACACCACUGACCACUUUAUCCAGUGUUCCCUCAAGGACGAGCUUUGUACUGCCCUGCAUGCUGGGCGUCAAACGAAAGUAUUUGGAGGCUCGAUUCAACAAGGCGGUGGCUUGUUGUGGACUUUUUGGCUUCGCAUUGUUUGCGCUUCUCUACAUGGGCCUGAUAAGUUUCACGGCUUGUGCUGCAACAACUGCAGUGACCGGACUAAGCUUUGGUAUUGCUGUGUUGUGCCUAGUCGGCAUCUGCACUAUUUACACUGUCAUUGGAGGCAUCAAGGCUGUGAUAUGGACUGACGCUAUUCAAAUGCUACUGAUAUUUGCUACCAUCGUUGUCGUUAUCAUUAAAGGAAGUCUUGAGAUGGGUGGUAUUGGCAACGUCUGGCGAAUCGCGCAAGAGGGUGGACGAAUACAGUUGCUGAAUAUUAGCCCGGACCUGACGGAAUACUACACAAUUUGGGGGUUCGUCAUUGGCCAGCUUGGGAACUUGUCUACGACAGUCUGUAACCAGUACAUAAUCCAACGCUAUGUGGCCUGCAAGACUCUCGCCGUGGCAAAAACAGCUCUCGUUUUCUUCAUGAUUGGUUCCGGAAUCUUCAUAGCUUUGUGCGUGUUAGGGGGAGUGACACUGUACGCUUACUACGCUGGAUGCGACCCAAACAUCAGGGGCAUACUGUCGCAGCCGGAUGAGUUGCUGCCAUACUUUGUCGUUGAAGUUUUCCGUGGAGUACCAGGCAUGGCUGGUUUCCUUCUUUCUGGUGUUCUAGGGGCUUCAUUAAGUACCCUGUCGUCUGCCUUUAAUGGCAUGGCCAUCCUAAUUGGAGAGCAUGGAGUCAAACAGUUGUGCAAGAAUCUUACUGAUGAGAAAUACACGUUGGUCCUAAAAGUCCUUGUUACGUUUGUUGCCAUCAUCACGUUCGGGAUAACUUUCCUGAUUCCCCUCAUUGGCAGUGCGGUACCUGCGUUACUUGCCAUUGCUGGAGCCGUUGGUGGGCCUUUAUUUGGUAUUUACCUUCUGGGAGCGUUAUCCCCACGAUGUAAGGCAAAGGGGGCAUUCUUUGGUUACGUUGUCGGAGCGACGGUGGGCAUCUGGUUGGGAAUCGGCAAUGUUAUUCACGGAAAUCGACUGGCUGGUCUGUUGCCACUGUCCGUUGAUGCCUGCCCAGUGCCCCCUACAUCGAACAUGUCAGACAUAACCCUUGAAACCAUGACAACGACCUUUAUCACAGCUGAUGGUCCCACCACUUCAUUGGAAAAUUCCACGUUCUCGCCAUUACCGACCGAUCCGGUUCAGCAAAGUGGUCCAAUUUUGAGGCCUCUCUACUCGGUUUCUAGACUUUGGUAUCCGACAAUAACUUGCUUACUGACCAUCGUAGUUGCUGUGGUUAUCACUCUGAUAUUUGGUGGUAAUGAUGCAGAUACCGUGGACCCGAGAUUGUACGUGCAGAUGCCAAAGUGGUGUCACUGCGCAUGGCCGUUUGGGGCCACCGUUCGUAAAAAGAGUUGUGACUUGCAACAAGCCGCCAAAUUGGAGAUGAAGACGACUGGAACUGAUCCACUCUUCAGCGAGAGUGUUGGAAGUCCACCGUGAAACUCCAAGUUGAUGUCACUGGCGGAGGACCAAUUCAAAAGCCUAAGCUCUGCUCAGACAUUGCAAGACCGCUAAAGGCUAUAAGGGGAAAAAUCUUGCCGACGGUUAAAUUCAAACAUUAAUAUGAUGUAGGAAUUUAAAUUACAAUCGUAGUUUAUUAUAAGGAAUGAAAACUGCUCAACUUCUUGUAUUUACGGUGAAUUGGGAAAAUUUUGCAAAACCAUAUGUUUCGUUUCAUUAUUUAAGAAUUUCUAAAAGCUUGUAAAGUUUCAAGACAAUGGUGUUCAGUCAUGCAUGACAGGAGGGAUACCAUCAAGGUAUCAUUAGAAAGAAUACUGCUUGU